ACAUUAUGUUUAGGUAUCCCUCUCCUAUCGUAGCCGUAUGGAGUCAGUACGGUCGGUACGGCACGGGUGUCGACCGUCGUACUCACUGGCUGGACGGGCUCUGUUUCAGUGUGCAAUGAAUCUUACCGGAAUGCAUUGACGACUCUUGGGAUCACAAACAUAAUUUUGUUAACUAGUAAACAUUCCGUAAGUGAAAUUACAUUCGGUCCUCUAAGAAGUUUUACUAAGUUGUGAGAUACAAAUCGUGUUUACUUUACAGACAGUGAGUGAACUACAUAUAUGUUUUGAAUUGUGACGGACGGCGUUGUAUGAUGAUAUUGGAGGGAAUGCAGUUCCAAUUACCUUCUUGAAGUAGCGGAUGGCGCUGGUUGAGGAAGCAGGCGCGGGCGCCGCCGCCGACGACCCGGAGGCCCUGCUCAACGAGUGGCUCGGCGAGCUCACCGUGCUCACAGCGGGUCUAAAUGCGUGUAACGAGGGCGAGAGCGCGCUGAGGCCGCUCGAGAUCGUGGCGCCGCGCAUCGACACCUACCGGUUCUCGAUGGCCAACCUCGAGGAGACACACGACGCCGACCUCGACGCCAUUCUAGGCGAGCUAUGCGCGCUCGACUCCGAGUACGACGAGGAGAUAUCUAGGGUCUCUUCAGGUUACUCGUCGAGUAGCAAAGAGCGCGACGGGCCGGGCUGCGCGCGCCGGCAGGAGUGCAAGGACAGCUGCGACGGCGCCUCCGUGGCGAGGACCGACUCGCCCGACAAUGACUCCGCCUUUAGUGAUACUGUUUCAAUGCUGUCGAGCGAAUCUUCGGCGUCGAGUAGUACUAGUGCAAAAUGUAAAGCGAUGAAACUCAAUUUACAUCAAGAUCAAAAGAAUGCGAGUUUCCAACAGAAGGCUGAUAAGAUAAAGCUAGCGUUAGAGCGCAUGCGCGAGGCGAACAUCAAGAAGUUGUUUAUCAAGGCGUUCUCAACGGACGGCUCGUCCAAGAGCCUGCUGGUGGACGAGAAGAUGAGCUGCGGCUACGUAACCCGGCUGCUGGCCGACAAGAACCACGUGUCCAUGGAGCCCAAGUGGGCCGUGAUCGAGCAGCUGCCCGAUCUACAUAUGGAGCGUGUGUAUGAAGACCAUGAAAUGUUAGUGGAUAAUUUAAUGUUAUGGACAAGAGAGUCGAAAAAUAAAAUAUUAUUCGCCGAAAGACCAGACAAAAUAUCAUUGUUUCAAACUCCGGAGAAGUUCCUUUUAUCGGAGGAUGAUAGAGGAUGGUCAAGCGAGCACGAUGAGCAUUCGAGACAAGUGAUAUUAGAAGAAUUCUUCGGUCAAAGCGGCGCGGCGAGCAGCGCGGCGCCGUCCGUAUCAGGCCACCCCGUGCCACCAAUGGAGGGCCCGCUCUACCUCAAGAGCGACGCCAAGAAGGGCUGGAAGAAGUACCACUUCGUCCUCAGGCCUUCCGGUCUCUACUAUUCGCCGAAGGAUAAAGUGAAGACGCUGAAAGAACUAGUCUGCUUAGCGACUUUCGACACGAACGAAGUUUACUUAGGAUUGAAUUGGAAGAAGAAAUACAAGUCACCGACCGACUACUGUUUUGCUAUCAAGCACCCGAGGCUACAACAACCAAAGAGUGUUAAGUUUAUUAAAUUCCUGUGCGCGGACGACCAGCGGACGCUGGAGCGAUGGGUCACCGCCAUGAGGAUAGCCAAGCAUGGGAGGCAGCUCCUGGAGAACCACCGGUCGCUAGUGGAGGAGCUCACGCAGGAGGACCUGGACCACCUCGCGCAUGCGCGCUCCUGCUCGAUAACGUCGAUCCCUACGAAGACCGGCGGCGCGGCGCCGGCGGGCGCCAGCAGCCCGGCGCAGGCCUCCAGCAUCUCCAGCAGCGCCAGCGUCGCCAACUCCGAUAUCAGCAGCGGCAGGCACUCGCGCGCCUCGUCGUCCAGCUCGAGCGGCUGCCUGUCCGACGGCGGCACGGCCUCCGAGAGCGCCUUCGACUGCGAGUUCCCCAUGGGAACGAUAAAGCGCAAACCGUCGAUGAAGCCGAACAUCCCGCUGACGUGGAUGACGCGGCAGCUGAAGGAGAUGGCGGAGACGGAGGCGGCCGAGGCGGAGGAGGCCGGCGACGGCGGCACGCUCACGCGCACGCCGCGCGCCGCCUGUGACGACUCCACGCUCAAGCGCAGACACCACAUCAAUUCAUCAGAAACCGCAAUUUAUGGCAGAACUACACUAAUGAACAGCCCGGCUCGCGAGGAGCCGACGUCCCCGGGUUACGGCAUCUACGAGAGCAUCCCGCGCGAUGCCGCGCCGGCGACCGCCGACACCGCCUCCUCGCUGUACGGGUACGCCGGCCUGUACGAGCCGGCGCGCGCGCCGCCCGCCGACGACCUGCCUCCGCCGCCCGCCCUGGAGCCCGACGCCAUGUUCAGCUCCACCCUGAGCCUGGACUCGUUGCCGCCGCCUCCGCCGCCCCCCGAUCCCGUCGAGGAUCUCUCGGGCUCCCAGCUCAGCCUGCCUCCUCCGCCACCCGAACACACCAUAGACACUCAACCGGGCCGCGUGCAUGACAUCGUCAAUCAGCUGACUUCGCAUCAGAUCGAACAGACCGCCCGAGCGGGUUUGUCACGAGCCAACUCUCGAAACUCCGAUCUGAGCCGCUCGUUCCCGCGGCAGCCCUCCCUGGACAGCGUCAGCUCCGGCGCUUCGCGGACUUCCUCCCUUCAUUCCGAUAAGAGUAUCUACGGUCAACAGAACGUGGCGUAUGGUGCAUGUUUAGCUGAACUUCAAAACAAGAAGUUGAGCAACGGCAGUCCCUCCCUUCAAAAGAAAAUAUUGGCGGAGCCAACGAAGGAACGCACGGGGUCGAUGAAGAAAGUGAAUUUCGCUGACGAUUUGCCCACGUGCACCGACUCUGCAAAAAAGAACAAGAAAAUCACAUUUAACUUGAAGGAGGCACCGCCGAUGUCGCCGCGCAAGCCACCCCCGCCGAAACGCAACGAAAGCACACGACUGUCGUCUCCCAAGAAGUUGGCGGAUUCCAACAGCAACCCGCCCAAAGAAUUUCUUAAAGAUCUGCAACGUGUGAUGAGAAAGAAGUGGCAGGUCGCACAAAAGUGUAAGUUGGAGCCUGCGACGACACCUCACGAAGUCCUCGGCUUCCGAGAAUAUCCCCUGUCGGAGGACUACAAAGAGACGAGCGUGUCGAUGUGGGUGCAGGAGCAUUACGGCAGCGCCGUGGAGGACCCGUUCUACGAGAACGUGUACGGGCGCGAGGCGAGCUCGGCGCCGCGCCGCGAGGAGCCCAAGCCCAUCAAGAAGAGGCCGCCACCCGCGCCGCCGCGCCGUAGCGACUCCACGCACCUGACCUCGCACCCGCUGCCGUCCGCCGUGCACCCCUCCGCUUGAAACCCGCUGUGGCGCGCGUGCUGCUGGCUGUGGACAGGCCGGGCGCCCGCCGCCGACGACGUACAUGACGAUUUCAGUACUCGACGGUUCUGCGAUAGUUUGAGCAGUUCCACUAGCACGGUUGAUCGUUUUGUAUAGUGUAUAACGCACGGGUAGAGAUUCUUGUAGGUACGAUGAAGUGAAUGGUGUAGUUUUCCUGUUUUUUAUUGAAUAGUUAUAAUUAUUACAUUUAGGUACACAACUGAUUACUAAAUGUACGCUGGGUGUUUAGGAGUAAUUUAAUAAGUCACCAACAUAUGGACAUUUAUGCCUAUACUAGUAACAAAUUUUAUUAUGAUAAUUUUUCAAGUAGGUAAGGUACCGAUAUUACUAGUGCUAAACUGUGCGAGCACAGUUUGUAUCCAAUAAAUCGUUUGCAAAAUACGUUAAGCGCGUUAAAUUUAAACAACUAAUGUAAGAAAAGACAAAUGUGGUCUAAACUUAUAAGUGUGCUAGUUGAAGCUUAUAUUAUAUAUUCUACCCGCUAAAAGUGAUGUAACUAGGUAAUUUUUCAGAAGUGUAGUUCUGACAAGAAAAGUGAAGACCAAUUUCGAUGUUAUAAUGUUAUUAUUUCGAAAAAUAUAAUAAAUAAUUUAUCGUAAUUUGAAUGGCGGUGCUAUUUUGAAAAGGUAUACUAAUGUAUUGUAGGUAAUUUGUGAGUCUACUUGUAAUGAAACUGCUUAAAAAACGAGCUACCUAAUAUAGUUCUAGGCUAAACAUAAUUUCUAAGUAAUCUUUAAAGAAUAUCUUAGUUUAUUUAUUUUAAAAUUUAAUAACAUGACAGUUUAACUUAUUUAUCUAAGUUAGUUUAUUACAAGUAGACAGACAAAAUGGUUCAGGGAAUGAGUUGGAGUUUCGUGUCAAUUUUUAUUUUUGUGUUCCUAGUGAAAGAAAACAUUCAUUUAAAAAUCUUGGUAGAUUCAAGUGAUGUCAGGAAAUAAUGUACCUGACAAGACCUUCAAAAUUGCGGCUUCAGGAGGGGUUUAUGUAAAAUUGUUAAUGUUCUAUUUGGAUCUAAUGCGUCAUUUUACAAACGCAAACCGACAUUAAGCCGGCGGCAUAGAAGGUAAACCGGGCUCCUGUUAAAUAUGUAUGUAUAAUCAACAAACAGGUGCACUUGUUAGUGUGCCUGGCUCAAAUUGCUGGCACAAUUUACAUUUAUUUGGAAUGUAUGUAUUUUCAUUUGCUAAUGAUAUUUUAUGCUAGAUAUCCUGCAGUGUUAAAAAUUUGAUGCUGCCUAAAUGUAGGAUUAUACAGGGCGGCUACUCCUUGGACCGGAGUCGAGAAUAUUUAACAGAAUAACUUAUUAUUUUCGCAAUAUGUUGCAGUUACUCGUUUUAAAAGUCCUAUUUUAUCCAAAGCAAAAUGCAGCUACCAUUCCACCUUACAUUUAUUCUACAUACGACAAACAUGAGUUUUAUCACUCUCGUAAUGCCUACUUUAAGACUUCAUUUGAUUGGGUCUUUUUUUGGGUUAAUUUAUUAAUAACUACAAGUCCUACAACAACAAGACACACCCGGGUAUUUCAGGCCUAUAUCCUCGUUUCAGACCAUAGUCUAAUAAAACAUGGUCUUCUCUUCCCAGAGUGACACAAUCCUACGUCACAACAACAUUGCCACUUUAUAUAGCGCUAUUGCAUAUUGUCAUAUAGCGCUGUCGCAUGAUGACGUAGGCUUGUGUCAGUCACGAGUCACGUGGUCGGAAGAGAGUACCAGGCGGAGUAUAUUAUUAUACCAUGGUUUCAGACCAUAUUGUGUAAGAAUUGUAAAUUAUAAUAAUACAGAAUCGGUUCCUUAACAUUUUAGAGAAAGUAUUUUAUUUGAAGAUAUUAUAUAUGUAUGACCUUGACAUUAGACGGCAAAUAACAUAUAGCUAUAUAACAAUUCCUAAUUUAGUGCCAUAAUUAUGAAAACAUAUUUUGUUGUUUUUUGGCAAGGUUAUUCGUAUUUAUUUAAUGGAUAAAACUCUAAUCGUUAAUUUAUUUAUUUAGAUGAAAAAAAAACCAUAGUACCUACCUAUAUGUGCGUACGGAAGCAUUCAGAAAUGUGAAGCGUACCUAUAUACUUAGGUACAGCUGCAAUUUAUACUCCCCUAUUUAUAUGACGUUUGCGCAGACACAUAAUAUAGGCAAUGAAAAGGACAAAAUGAAAAAAUAAACAUAACUCCAAUAUCAUAAAGAUCUCACUGUAGUCAGAAUGCGUUACUUAUUUUUAUGUUCGGGCUGUGAUUUCCUUUUUGUGUCUGGCUUAGUUUCUGAUAUUGAUUUGUAUAAGUAGUACCUACCCAAUAAAAAAAAGGUUGAAUCUGGGGGCCAAUUUUUGAAAUUCGAGCGCUCGAUUUCGUCACUCGAAAAUCGGUGGAAAACAGUGAAAUACGUGCGAUAGAAAUUGGUAUUGACCACUCGUUUUCAAUUCUAUUAGUAGAAUUUAAAUGCCGGAUACUGGAGAUAUUAUUGAACGAAAUACACGAAAUCGAGCGGUCGAAAUUAAAAAAUCGGCCCCCUGCAGUGAAUGCUACUUGCGCAAAUUUUAAGAGAUUCCAUUCCUUAGUAACAAUCUAUUUUGUGUUACAUACUUGAUAAUAUUUACACCAUUCUAGGAAAGAAAAGCGAUGGACAUGCUCAGGCUAGGCUGGCACAGUAGACGUCAAUACACGUUAGGUCAUAAUAUUUUUUAAUCAUAAUGAUAAAAGAACACGUUACUUUGUAUCUAGUUAAGUCGGGUUAAUUUUACUUCGUUUACGAAAUAACAAAGCGAGAUAUUUAGCUAGACUAACUAUCUACAUUUACUAUUUAGGUGAAAUUUGGUGGAGAUAACUUUUUCAGCAUUAUAUAAUAACUCCCGGGGUGAAACUAUACACUAUGACAUUGUAAUAUUGUACCUACUUAUACCUACCUAGUAUUCAUACUAUUGAAUAUUGCCGAUAACAAACAAACCGUUUGAGACAUAAUUAUUAUACAUGUAGCGUCAUUAAGUAAUCACCGCACGUAUAAAUAGGCAACGAGAAUCCAUCCAGAUUCAAAUUCGGGUUACGAAGACUGAAAGCAUAAUUGAUCCGAUUUUGACAAUAAACUUGCGUCCAAUGUUGGCAUAGAGGUACCUAUUAAGGUGUUAGUGUUUAACCGGCUAAUUCCAAUAGUUGACGUUCCUGGAAUUAAGAUUGAAAAAGGCAACUAUUGGGCCAGUGUUGAAGCACUGGCACUGUUACGCUAAAUGAUCUUUUUUAAAUGGCGCGUAUGCCAACUCCGGUGAGUCCGCAGUCUAUUAUUGUGUAAACAAGGCCAUCACGUAGGUCCGGGUGCACUAACCACAACCGAUGGACUGAUUAACAUAGCUCGACAGAGAAUUAGAUUUCCACUUCUCUCUACAAUAAAUAAAGAGACGUAAUUAUUGUGAUUAGGUACUGAUGGUUUAGUGCAACCCACCCUUAAUGUGUGUUAUUAUUCUAUCAAUAACUUGUUAAUUAACGAGGAAUAAUUUUGAUAAUUAUUUAGUUUAUACAACACUUAAUUAUUACCAUUGAUCUUUAAACAUAGGGCAACCAAGACUAAUUGUAUUGUAUGGGGUACGAAGCUAUGUAGCUAACAGUUGGUAUUGUACCUACUAAUGGAUGUGUCCUAUGUUAAGCAUUUAAAUAUAAAAAAUAAACUGGAAUAUUAGAUACGGGUUCUACUAUUUUCAACAGACGUUAUAAAUUUAUGUAUUCGAUACGAUUUAGUUCUAAAACUAUUAUAUAUGUAACGCAUUUAUUAGUAUUCAUGGAUAUCUAAGUUAAAAUUGUACAGAACAAAUUAAUUAUAAUAUUAGUUCUUUGUAUAUUUUUUCAAAUAUAACGAAAUUUCAAAUUG